UCGUGACCCACAUUUCCCUUUGAAGCCCUUAGUUCCAGGAAAAUUAAAAUUUGCUUUUCUGUCGUUAAAUUUUCUUGAAAAUUUUCAAACAAAAUUUUGACCCGUUCCCUUUCAGUCCCAAUUGAAGCUAUAUUAUUUUUGGAGAUAGGAUAUCUGAGAUGGCGGGAGAGAAAGCGAAGCUCCUCUGCAGCUUCGGCGGCGAUUUCGUGAGUCAGCAGGGGAAGGCGUUCUACGUUGGGGGCAAGACCCGCUUGGUCUCAAUGGAUAGGUCGGCAAGCUUUCGAACGCUGCUCUCAAAGAUGUCAGAGAUCUGCGACGCUGAUCCAGGGUUGAUUGAUCUCAGAUUCCAGCUUCCGGAUGUCGGUCUCGACUCCCGCCUGAUUUCCAUUGAGAAUGACGACGACGUGCGGAAUAUGAUGGAGGAGUUUGAUUCUAACAGGAAAAUUCCAAUUUUUAUGUUCAUAGAAAAGACACAAAAUACUGAUGAUGAGAAUAUCGCGGUCACCGAGGUUGGCAUGCAGCCGCUGCAAGCUGCAGGCAUGGAUGCCGUGAGAGAAGUGGCACUAAUUGCAGCUGAGGAUCAACUUGAUAGUCAGAAUGGGCCUAGCAGUUCUGCAAUAUCUUCAAGAAGAGAUUAUGUCAGAAAUUCAUCUAUUGGGCCAAGCAUGUCAGUGGAGAUUUUCCGACAAAACUCACAAUCACUGGUGGUUGGUCAGGAAUAUGAAGAUGUGCAGACAUUCAGGAAUUCACUGACAAGUGCAGCUAUUGCUGCAAAUUUUGAGCUUCAUAUGAUUCGGUCAGAUCAGCGCCGUGUCACUGCCAGGUGUGCUGCAGAAGGUUGCAUAUGGCGUGUUCAUGCAUCAAAACUCCCUCAUGUAAGCAUAUUCCGGAUAAGAACCCUGACCCCUGAGCACUCCUGCAUUAGAUCGGAAGAUGGUGGACAUCGACAAGCUACGGCAAAAUGGAUUGCCAAUUGCAUUAGAGACAAGCUCAGGAAUAAUCUGAACUAUAGGCCAAGGGAGAUUCUAAAUGAUAUACACAGGGAAUAUGGAGUUCUUAUCACAUACAAACGAGCUUUUCUCGGUCGAGAGAAGGCUCUUGAAGAGCUACGUGCAGAACCAGCUAGGAAUUUGAGUCCCAUUGAACAUGACUAUGAGUCUAUGAUCGAUAGCAGCCAUUCAGAUGCUUCAGCUUGGGGCGAGAUCCAUGAUCCUCCAAGAAAGAGACUGGUUAUAAGGGUUCGAGAUAAUAAGGAAGUGCGAGCACUGCACUGCACCAGGUGCAAUGAAAUUGGGCAUAACAGGAGAACUUGUAUUGUGCAGGAACCAACGCAAGGCUAGGCAUUGCCUUAUGAUUGUUCUCACAGUCCUUUUCCAUCAUGUGGUUACUGCAUUGAGCACUGGAUAGAUUUAUGGUUAUGGCAGUUCUUCCCUGAUCCCUUAGUUUUUGGUAAGUGGUCAUGCCUAUGCAUAUUUGAACUGACGGAUGAAAAGUUUUUAGCAUUCCUUUUCCCUGUAUUAGUUUUCAAGUUUUUCUGAGGAAAUCUAAGUUGUCAUGCUGCCUAUGAUGUACAUAUUAAGAGACUUAUCUAGAAAUUAUAUAUAUGAGAAUGCAGAAUUUUGUCAGCUCUCAGAUUUGUAUUUUCUCAAUAACAUAAAAUUUAUAAGCCUUUUGCAA